ACAUAGAUAUAAAUAUAUCCCUAGAAAUCGAGGUAUUGUGUGUGUUUCAGAGCCUUAAAUCACCAUCCCGACAAUUCUUCAUUUUCUGUUCAGUUACUACAUUUAUGACGUACACCAUGGCCCCCUCCACGGUAUCUUACGGAACGCUACCCCAUGAUGUGCAGGGCAAGAUAGAGAAAUUCGAGCUCCACGUCGAGGAGCAGCAGGUGCGGGAUUUCAAGCAGCUGGUGAGGCUGUCACCAGUAGCGAAGGAAUGCUAUGAGAACCGGGGAGAGGGGCACAAUGGCCUAGGUGUGACACGUGCUUGGAUGCUGGAAGCUAAAGCGUAUUGGGAGAGCGAGUUUGACUGGCGUAAACAGGAGGAAUACAUCAACUCGUUCCCUCACUACAAAGCCGACAUCGUAGACGACGACGGACGCAUCUAUUCCAUCCACUUCGCAGCGCUGUUCUCCGAGAAGAAAAGCGCGAUCCCAACAACUCGUCUCCACGGCUGGCCCGCCUCUUUCCAAGAAUUCCUCCCUGUGCUCGACCUGCUGCGCAAGAAAUACUCUCCGCAGGACCUCCCGUACCACAUCAUCGUCCCCUCACUACCAGGCUACACGCUCUCCUCUCCGCCACCGCUGGACCGGCCCUGGAAGAUCGCAGACUCCGCGCGCAUCAUGCACAAGUUGAUGCUGAAUCUCGGCUUCGGAGAUGGCGGCUACGUCGUCCAAGGCGGCGACAUCGGCGCGGCCGUCGGCCGAACAAUGGCGGCUACGUAUCCCGAGUGCAAAGCGCUGCAUCUAAACUACUGCUUCAUGUUCCCCCCAGACGACGCGUCGGCCAGCGAACUCAGCGACACAGAGAAGAAAGGGCUCGAGCGGUUCGACGCAUUCAACGCCACAGGGAACGCCUACGGCCGCGAGCACGGCACGCGCCCCGCCACAAUCGGGCACGUACUGAGCGCCUCGCCCGUGGCGCUGCUAGCCUGGAUCGGCGAAAAAUACCUCGAGUGGAGCGAUGCGGCGUCGCGGCUCCCGCUAUCCACUAUCCUGGCCGAGGUCUCGCUGUACUGGUUCACAGGGUGCAUGCCGACGAGCAUCUACCCGUACGAAGAGGACUUUCUGCAGGUCCCGCACCCGAAGGGGUAUUUCCAUGCGCAGGCGCAUUUGUUUGUCGAUAAGCCGCUGGGUUAUUCGUAUUUUCCGAGGGAGUUGGCGCCGAUGCCGCGGAGCUGGGUGGGGAGGACGGGCAGGUUGUGCUGGUUUAGAGGGCAUGAGGAGGGUGGGCAUUUUCCGGCGCUGGAGAGGCCCGGGGAGAUGUUGGCGGAUUUGGAGGAUUUUGUGGGGGAAGUUUGGGAGUGAGAGCGCGGAAGUUGAGACUGAUGUUGUGGUUUUGGGGAGGGGAGCGAUUGAGUGUCGUUGGGGGAUGUAAUAGGGAUAGGUUUAUUUGCGCUUGGUCUCAGGUAAGGAGGAAUAGUGAAGUUAAUGUAGAGUGUGCCAGCGGACCCUCGCCUUUUCGAAUCCAGAUA